AUGAGCGGAAAGCGAUAUCAGGGACAUAUCCUUGCCACGAACGCCUCGGUUGCGGCCCUGGAAUGGCAACAAGUCCAGGGAUCGAGGCUGCGCGAUCUGAAGCUCGAUCCCAUGCAGCCAGCGACGUGUCAGAGGGCCAUCCGGAAUGGAACACUGGGCGUGGUUGCCACCAACGGUGUGGUUGUUAUGUGGCCACUUCUCGUCAUCGAGUCCCAGGUCGUUAACUUCCAGCCAACGAGAAAGGACAGACAGUUGUCGAUCCGGGCAAGCCGAUCCGUGGUCUACAAGCUGAUGAACGGCACACUGGCUGACGAAAAGACCGCGCGCUUGGGGAUGAAUGUAUUCUGGUAA